AUGAGAGUAGCUCCCCUGUUCCCAGGGAGUGUUGAGAGAGAUAGCCAACUAGGACUAUUAGGGAGAUCAUUUCCCAAGACCCCAGGUUUUACGUGUGUUUUAGAGGGGUAUUUCAGGAACCACGCAUCGAAAACCGGGAAGUAUGGUUUUCCCAACAACCCCAGGUUUUACGUGUAUUUUAGAGGGGUCUUUCAGGAACCACGCAUGAGAAAACCGGGAAGUGUCAAACUAAUGGUUUCCGAACAUUCAAAUAUGGUUUUUGAACUCUUAGGGGAGUAUCUCGAAACUGCGAGGUUAACGACUGGAGGAAUACGGUUAAGAAAGGGACACCUAACAAGGUGUUUUACACCUAGCUCUGUCAAUUGGCGUAAACUGUACGGUCACACGAGUGGUCCGGCUGUAUUACGAAAGCGUUAUUCACGACUGUCUUUUGGAAAAUGCGAAACUUUCGUCAGAUUUAGACUCGCAAUGAGUGACUCUAUUGUCAUCAUCAUCGGUAAGCUAUUGCUGGUGCGCCGUUUUGGCUUUAGAGCUUGGGCUAGCAACCCCUUCAUUGCUGGUCAUAUUUAG